AUGAGUAUUAAUGCUCCUAAGCUAAGGUCAUUUGUCUUUCGUGGCGAUAUAAAAUUGAUAUAUCUUGAAAAUGUUCAUGUUCUUUCCAAUGUUCUGUAUGCGCCUAGAGAAUUGGUUCUAGAGGAUGAAGAUGAUUUUGUCAGUAUUUUUUCGUCUAUUCCUGCUCUUGAGUGUUUCAGCUGGGAUCUUUUUGAGUUCGAUAAUGGAUCAACUGAAGUUAUACCAACAAGGCUUCCAUCAUCUCUUAACUGUCUGAAAUACCUUUUCAUAUCUUUGACUACUCUUGGAGAGUUUUUUGAGCUUUCGUUUAUUCUUUGCAGUAUACGAAGUUCCCCAAAUUUGGAAGAAAUUGAAAUUAAGGCCGUCACUAAUGAGGUUGUUCAUGAGAUUCCUGCAAGCUUUUUGGAUAUAACAUUUAAUCAUCUGAGGAUAUUUAGGUUUUAUGAUGUACUAUUACAAGAGGGUGAAAUGCAGCUUAUCAAGGUUUUAUUGGCAAAGUCUCCAGCACUGGUGAAAAUGGUAAUCAAGCCUUGUCAAAUGGAAACUAACGAAUCUCUCAAUGUAUUCAUGGAGAUAACAAAGUCUCAACGGGCAUCAUAUAAAGAAGAAGUUGUGUAUCUUGUUGAUUAG